AGAAGACUGCGGAGCGCGCAGGACCUCGUGUGCGUGCUGGGGCCCUGUCUCGGCGCGGCGGACGGCAACGCACAGCACAAAUCGCUCGCAACAGCUGCACUACCGCAUGCAGUGAUCGACGCGCGCGCCUCCCUGUCUGCUUCUGCCGCGCGGGUGCCGUCGGAAGUGGAGCGAGCGAAGCGACGCCGCGCGGGGCCCGGAACGACGCAGCAACGAGAGCGCCUCGAGCAAGAAGUGUGACCGUGUGCCGCCCUCGUCGCUACCACCAUGUGCUUACUGUCGUGUGCGGUGACAUCGUGAAUACGCUGGGCAGCGGGUCGUUUUCGCCGCCGGAGCAAAACUCGCGCCGCUGCCUCCGUUGUUUGUGGUGCUUUUCCGACGAGAGGGCGAGAGGGGUGGGGGAGGAAACCGACAGAGGGGGCGCGAAAGGGUGGCAGUAGUGGAUGUGGUGUUGACUCGACGGUGCGAAAGUGGAUUUCGCCGGGGCAGCGAGAGCGUUCAUGGCUCAGCCACGGUACGAUGACGGCAUCCACCCUUACAUGGAGGCGGCUGGUGGCGCGUCCGCGGCGGCGGCGGCGGCGGCCGCGAUGUACGCAGACCCGCACCGCAGCGCGCAGCUGGGGCUGGCGCAGCACCACUCCCCGCACGUGGCGCACUCGAUGCACCAGUACCACGCGCACCAGCCACACCAGCCGCCCGCGGCCAACCACGUGGCGCCCGUCGCCAACCACGUCAUGGGCGCCGCCGUGCCCGACGUCCACAAGCGCGACAAGGACGCCAUCUACGGGCACCCCCUGUUCCCGCUGCUGGCGCUCAUCUUCGAGAAGUGCGAGCUGGCGACGUGCACCCCGCGGGAGCCCGGCGUCGCGGGAGGCGACGUCUGCUCCUCCGAGUCCUUCAACGAGGACAUCGCCGUCUUCUCCAAGCAGAUUCGGCAGGAGAAGCCGUACUACAUAGCGGAUCCCGAAGUCGAUUCACUCAUGGUACAGGCGAUCCAGGUUCUUCGGUUUCACCUGCUGGAACUGGAAAAGGUGCACGAGCUGUGCGACAACUUCUGCCACCGGUACAUCAGCUGCCUGAAGGGCAAGAUGCCCAUAGACCUGGUGAUCGACGAGCGGGAGUCGAGCAAGCCCCCCGAGCCCAUGGGCUCCACCAACGGCGACGGCGGCGCGCGCAGCACGGCUGACUCCACGUCGCACACGGACGGCGCCAGCACCCCCGACGUGAGGCCGCCCAGCUCGACGCUGUCGUACGGAGGCCCCGGGAACGACGACGUGCGGUCCCCGGGCUCGGGCGCGGGCGGCACGCCGGGCCCGCUGUCGCAGCAGCCGCCGUCGCAGCCGGGCGUCGACGCCGCAGACCCAGACGCUCUAGGUAAGUGGCGGGCGCCCGUGGCGGCGGCGGCGUGCGGCGCCCUCGGCCCCCGCUGGUGGUAG